UGCAGCAAGCCGGCUUAGCUGGCCCAGCCGGUUCAGCCGCGGCUCAGCUGUGGCUGAGCCGCAGCAAAUAUUCCACAAACAAGCGUUUUGCGAAGAAUUUAUGCUUAGUUCGUGAGAUAAUCGAAGUCGAGUUACUUGGUUUGAAUUACUGCGGAUCAGCCAUGGCUGAUCCGUAG